AUGAUUCACGGUUGGGCAGAGCUGGAGUUUGUGCGGGCAAGUGACGACGUACCGUUGGCGGGCGGCUGUAGACCGACCACCAGCCGUAAGCCACGAUACUCGACGAUACUAUUUCAUCAUCCCUGGACGACGACUGCCGGGGUGGACGACGUCGGCCGGCGUGCACCGCGGCUGUUUCCCACCGUGGUACACGUCCUUGUCAGUGUCAGGUCGAACUUCGCAGGGAUGAGCGGCGACGGACCCAGCGACGUGCUACACCGGUUCUUGAUCAAGGCCUACUGCAAGCAGGAGGACGAGCUGAACGUACAGCUGAUAAGUGAUCAGCCAGCCAGGCGCUGUGCAGCCGCUUACAUGUCCGAACAUGUUGAAUCGUGUUGCAACAUAACGCGCCACCCCGUUGCUCAUCGCCAUGCCGUUUCACAUCCACCGCCCAGGAUGAUCAACGAUGCCUGA